GGCAUUGUAAUGACGUCCGGCCAACGUUUUCCGAGCCUAUUCCGAACAUUACAGUUCCAGCUGGCCGAGACAUUGAGUUUCCAUGUAUUGUCGAAAACUUAGGAAAUUACAGAGCUGCUUGGUUGAAGGUUGAGUCAAAGGCAAUACUUUCAAUUCAUCAAAAUCUCAUUACCCGAAAUUAUCGGAUUAGUUUGAGCCAUUCGGACAACAAGAACUUUGUCCUGCAAGUUAAGGAUGUCCAGAAGUCGGAUGUUGGAAGUUACAUGUGUCAGUUGAACACGGUACCCAUGAUGAGUCAAGUGGGACACCUGGAUGUGCUGUUUCCGCCUGAGAUCGAUUUGAGAAGCUCUAGUGCAGAUGAACUUGUAAAAGAAGGUACAAACGUCACUUUGUCCUGCCUAGCUAAAGGAUACCCGACCCCAAAAGUUACCUGGCGGCGAGAAGACAACCGCCACAUACUUAUCAAAAACGUGGAAGGGGAUACACAAUAUGUGAACAGUUACGAAGGUGAACAUUUAGUUCUCGUCAACAUCACCAGAGAGCACUCUGGAGCAUAUCUUUGUAUUGCUGUAAAUGGUGUACCUCCUUCCGUCAGCAAGAGACUUAUGCUCUAUGUGAAAUAUUCGCCAGUAAUAAUUGUCCCUAACGGUUUCCUCGAAGUUGAACUUCAAACAACAGCCAUCUUAACAUGUGUGGUUGAUUCCUUUCCUUCUUCACGAAUCUAUUGGGUUAAAGAUGGUGGAACUAGCUUUACUUUAGGGAAGAAGUACGACAUCAAUGAAAGACCUGCCCGGGAAAAUCAAAUUGAAAGUAUAUUUAAGAUUCACAAUCUCCAAGAUGUGGACUUGGGAAUUUAUAAGUGUUUGGCCAAAAAUCCCGUAGGAAUACAAGUAGCGGAAAUAUAUGUAUACGAGUUAAAACCCGUGACGACUUCAAAACCCAGAACAACCGACUCAGCUGAUUUUAUGAUUGUGUCACCAAAAGGUGGACCAAAGAACAUAAGUAAAGUCAAUUGGUCGAGUACCACAACAUCAACAAUAGCAAGUAUGGAGUACUCUUCUAUAGGCGAAUACUAUCCAGUCUAUGAAGAUACAUCCAGCAUACUUCAGGAAGCAAAUAAGAGAAUAAAGAGCCACGGACAAAGUUCUGCUUCCAACGAGCGGCGUGGAUCCAGAGGUGGAGUUUCGAUGUACUUCUUCGUCUUGUGUUUCGUUUUCAUCACGUCUUGAAAGGUGAUCUGAUAUAGUAACGGAAACAAAUUCUGAUCAUUUUCUGUAAUUCCUCGUGUGUCACUAAACGUAAUCAUAAGUUCUCAACAAAUCCUCGUUUUAAUGGUAAUUACAGCGAGGAGAAACGAAAUUGAUCUUUCAUCAUAUCCAUAAGUGAACCUACUUAGACAUUAUUUAAUCCCCCUGUUUACGCAAGACUGUCUCGUAUUAUCACUGCUCUUUUCCAACUUAAUUUAAGAAUCAACAUAACCCUAUGAAUAUGUUGCAAUACUUCAUAAAGACGCAAACGUAUUCAAAACACAAAUACGUUACUUAACUCCAAACAGAGAAUAGAAUUAUUUGAAAUUAAAAAUAAUAAGUCAGAUGCAUGCAUUUAUACAAAUAGGACGUUAUGAGUAAACGACUUAUCGGUAUGAAUUCAACGCCUUUGCUAGUAGGUUUUUAGUAAUGUUUUUCGCGUGUUUCUCGUGAUCGUGAAAAUAUUACAUGGAUAAUGAGGGUGACACAAAGUAUUUGAAAUAAACUUACGUCUAAAACUAUUAAACUAUUUGAAAACUGUCCUUUACACGUUCACAAGAUAAAACCUUUAAUGAAACAACGUCUCCUACGAUAAAUUUAUACCACCAUAAGAAACCAUGAUUAAACAACUGUGAGAGGGUUUGAUUAGUAUGGAGCUUCAUUAGAUACGUCAUAAUACGUUAGAUUUAAGGUUAGGCCAAAUGGCACAGCGGUAUGUCUGCGGACUUACAACGUUCGAAACCGGGUUUCGAUACCCGUGGUGGGCAGAGCACGUAUAGCCCAUUGUGUAGCUUUGUGCUUAACUUCAAACAAACAAUAACUAAAGCAAAAUUAAAUGCAGUGGUUCGUUUUUCCUCGUCUUUUAAUUUUUAAUAGUUAUCUUUUCAUUUUAACGAAGUAAGUAAACCGUAAUCACCAACUGUUUAUAUAUAAUUGAUGAUUCUUAUAUACAUAUAGCUAUUUUUGUCUGUAACUAUGAUCAUUUAGUGGAUUAUCCAUCUUAGUAUAUGAAAUAAAAGGUACAUGUUUGCUUCUAGAGCUAAACCUUCAUGUUAUUUGUUACGGUGUAUCAUAAGGAGUGUAUGAGUAUUCGAAAAAAUUAUAU